AUGCCUAUCUACGAGCUGGCUUUGAUCCUGAAAGCCAUGCAGCGGCAAGAGACUGCCAGUGCCCUGAAGUGCACGAUACUAGCUGUAAUGGAUAAAAGCGCAGUAGUGAGGAAUUUGGAAAACCUGGGCGAAAGGGCACUUCCGCAUAAGAUCUCCAUACAUAAUCAACGCCAUCACAGAGAUGGGUAUUUUCUGGUGAAUUUUUAUGCACCGACAACAGCUGUUGGUAGUAUUAUGGAACAUUUAUCCCGAGACAUUGAUGUGGUCAGACAGAAUAUUAUAAAACACCCAUAAACCCUACCAGUGAAAGAGUGUGAAGGCAUCGUUCGUGUUCCUUUUGAAGAUAAAUUAUAUUUCAAUAAGAAAUAA